AUGGAGUCCACAGUCCAGGCAAUGGUCUCCGGCCUCAACGCACCCCUCGAUCACGACGCCCUCCGCGCAACCCGCACCGACGACCUCAUCUACCAGUUCUUGCCGGAAUCCCUCGGUGCUCCAGCCCGAAAUAACGAAGAAUGGAAGGAGGUGUUUACUCAGCUGAAGGCACUGUUCUCGAGUUUUGAAGUGACCCUGCGUCUCUGCUUCUACGACACUGAAGCUCGAGGUGCGUGUCUACACGGCAAAGUCGAUACCCAGAGUCCGAUUGGGCCGGUGACGAUGGAAUUUGUAUUCAUGAUCAAGUUUAAUGAGGCGGGGGAUAAGAUGGCUAGGAUCGAUGAGUUCUUCGACAGCAAGGUGUAUACGGAGUUCUUUGGGAGAGUCGAGGAGGCGAUGAAGCAAGGUGGUGAGCAUCAAUAA